UGAACGCAUUGCUUUCUAUUAAGUGAUCCAAGUAAUUUGAAAAUGUGGAGGGCAGACUGUAUGUUUCUCCUCAGCUGACAGACUGGGAUCUUAAGGGGUGUUAUGUUAAUGUUUUGUCUCUAUAAACCAGCACAGUCUCUGGAGAAUACAUUGUUGGUUACAGAAUGCAAAAUACAUACAAAAGUGACUAUGAGUCGUUCUAAAAGUUCAAAGCCCUUAUUUUUGAAAUAGCCGAUACGACUGCCAAUUGCCAGGAACAUGUACUUCUAUACAGUCUCUUCUAGGAAGCAUGUGAUGCUGCCAAGAGAACUUUUAAAACAAGUGCCAAAAUCCCAUCUAAUGUCCGAAGAAGAGUGGAGACGACUUGGUGUUCAGCAAAGUCUUGGCUGGGUUCACUAUAUGAUCCAUGAGCCAGAACCGCAUAUUCUUCUCUUCCGAAGACCUCUUCCAAAGGAUGAGAAGAAAUGAGUCGUGUGUAAAUUUCAUCCUAAAUCUUCUGGAACUAUGUCUAUGAGUGUAUAUAUGUUGGUAGUAUUCAGUGAAUACUUUAAAAUGUACAAAACAUACAUCCAUGCCUGUGCAUGAGCUGUAUUAUUCACAGCAACAAAGCUCAGUCAAAUGCAAUUCCAAGUAGGCUGCUAUUGUGUUAAAAGAUUGAUGACAUUUUCUCUACUGUUAAUGUGAGUGCCUGGCAUUUAAAUGAAUUUUAAUAAAGGUUAUGUAUUGCAUGAUGAAUUGCAUGUUCUGCCUAGGUGACCACUUAUGUGUUCAGUCUUUUGCACUCAGCUUUUCUGCCAACUGUAGCAUGUUCAAAUCCAAUGGCUUACCUGUUUAUAAAUAAAGAAAUAAAAUGUAGUCUUAAUGUUCUAUAAAACCUCAGUGCCUAGAGUUUUAAUUUGCCAGACAAAACAAAUAGUCCUUGUCUAACAUGUUAAAGAGUACCUACUUCAGGAAAAAAUUAGUGAACCUAUGUUGUUUCUCUGCCAGAAUUACUUUGCCCUACAGGCCAAAGUUCCUGAUCCUGAUUGGAAUUGCCAACUGCAGACAAUCUGAAAAGAAAGCUGG